CAGACGACAGAAAAGGCCAAAUAUGACCAGAUAUUUGAUGGACUCCAGCCUAUUGAUGGGAAGCUCUCUGGGGAUAAAGUCAGACCAAUGCUGUUAAAUUCAAAACUGCCUGUAGAUGUGUUGGGGAGGGUGUGGGACCUCAGUGAUAUUGACAAAGAUGGACAGUUAGACAGAGAAGAAUUUGCUAUUGCAAUGCAUUUAGUGUACCGAGCUCUAGAAAACGAUCCAGUCCCACCAGCUCUUCCCACAAAUCUAGUCCCUCCCUCCAAGCGGCGUAGCCGUGCCAACAGUGGUGUCAAUCUUCCUGGUGCUGUCCCCGUGUUACCCGGCAUGUCUGGGGGCGGGGCUCCAACACUGCUCCCAGGGAGGUCCAGUCCAGCCAUGGGAAGCACUGCUGCUUCUACAGACUUACAUUCAGGGAUGACAAGUCCUGGCCCUCAGCUUCCCUGGGUCGUACCCCAAGCAGAGAGAGCUAAAUUUGAAGCACUGUUCAAGACAGCUGAUAAGGAUAUGGAUGGUUUUGUCCUGGGAGGGGAGGUGCGGGAUAUUUUCAUCCAGAGUGGGCUGUCACAGCAGGUCUUAGCACACAUAUGGCUUCAAAGUGGUUGA